CUCAGACCAGGAAACCAUGGAGAAAAUCAGUGAGAAGAAGUCCCCUACCGUCGGGGAAGUUUGUGUGAAUCUGUUCAACAAUCUCAAUCACAUUCUUGUGGGAUUCGUAUCCAUCUACAUGACUUACGGUGCUUUCAAGACGGGCUACAGCAUCCUCACUCUCCAUGCGAUUCUGUGUGCUCUGGGAUAUCAGUUGCUAAUGGCUGAAGGGAUUCUGGCACUUGCUCCUGGCAAUGUUUGGUCGUAUUUCUUUACCAGAAGAACGAAGACGAUAUUGCAUUGGGUUCUUCAGGCUUUGGGGGCAAUUUUUGCUCUGACUGGGAUGAUUGUGGAAUACAGGAACAGGAAUAGGCACUUUAGGAGUAUUCAUGCAAAACUUGGACUCGCUUCAGGAGUAUUCCUCAUUGUCACAUUAGUCAAUGGCCUUACCAAUCUCUACUCCAAGGAACUAUCCAGAUUCAUCCGUCCAGUUUUCCAGAGAUUCUUCCACAAUCUCAUGGCCCUCUGUACAUUUGUCCUGGGAAUGGCUUCCCUCUAUUACGGCUACGAGAAGCGCUGGGUGAGAAAUAUCGCAUCCACAGAGCUCUGCUGGAUGCUCAAAAUCUUUGGGAUUUUCACGAUAUUUUUCUCCUCAAUCGCUGCCCUGAGAAAUGGUUACGAGCAACUCAGGAACAUUGUCCAGAGGGACUAAAAUCCCACUCAAAGAUCAUCCUU